UUGUGAAAUUCCCCGCGUUCAGAUGAAGCUGUCUCUGAUCAGUGUAGCUGUCCUUGUGGCAUCUGCCAUGGCUACACCUGAGCCUCAACCGCUGCCGACCCCCGCGGCGACCAAGCCAGCCACCGUCGGCACCCUUGCACCUACCACCGUACUCCCUGACCUCAUCGAAGAAGAGACCCCUGCACCCACCACCACCACCGUUGCCCCUACUACUACUACUACCACCGUUGCACCUACUACCACUACAACAACCGUUGCACCUACUACUACUUUGACCCCUGAACCUACGACCACCGAAGCCCCGCUCCCUACUCCAGCUGCGACCAAGCCAGCAACGUCUGGCACGCCUGAACCUACUUACUCCAUCCGUGACAACGAAGAAGAUACUCCUGAACCUACGACUAGCAGCCCGGACAACAUUGUCGAAGUUACUACCGCUGCACCUACUACAACCACAACAACCGUUGCACCUACUACUACUGUGACUCCUGAACCUUCGACCACCGAAGCCCCGCUCCCUACACCAGCUGCGACCAAGCCGUCGGUUUCUGGCACGCCUGAACCUACUUACUCCAUCCGUGACAACGAAGAGGACACUCCUGAACCUACGACCAGCAGCCCGGAUAAUAUUGUCGAAGUUACUACCACUGCACCUAGUACUACUAGUAGUACUACUACCACCACCACCACCAUCCCUGUGGUCGUCGUCCCAGUACCCACUCCCGCCGUGACCAAACCAUCUCAAGCUGGCGGCACUCCAGCGCCAACCAUUGGCGCGUUGCCUGACUUGGAAGAAGAAGAACCAGUGAUCACCAACUCAACUACUUCGUCGAGUCAAGUCGAUGGCUCUUUGAACAGCGAUCGCGAAUGCACGGCAUCCGACUUGGCUGCCGCGGAUGCUGCGUCCUUUAGCUCGCCAUCGGCUAACAAGUGCGCCGUGGACAUGGAAGUAUCCAGUGCGUCCUUCAAGAACCCCCAAGUGAAGCCCACAUUGAGCCAGGUUCUCAAAUUCAAUGCGUCCGACAACUGCCGGGCGUUCUACGCUGACAAAACACAAGCGUACGAGGCCCAGCACUGCCGCCAAGAGAAGCAGCUGGCUCUGGUGGCAGGCCGCAAUGUAUCGUUUGACAUGGCUGUGACAGCGUUGAUCGUGGAAUCGUACCCCAAGGUGGGGACAAACUGCAGCAAAUGGGCUCUGUCUGCUGGCCUCGCGCUCAAGACGAGCUUUUACUCGUGCUUAGCUGGCACGGGGUUGUACUCGAGCAUCUUCAAACUGACCAAGUUACCGUCCACAAAGCAACUCAAGGCCAUCCAAGUCAACAAGAGAUGCCGCGACUUGUUCGCCGACAUCCAAUCGAUCAUCAAGAAGCAGCCGCAUUGUACGAUCGACGGCAACGGCGGCACGGACAUUCACGCAUAUGAACUCAUUCAGUUUGACCCGACGUUGGACUGGCUGCUCGUUGCUGCCAACGUUCGCGACGAACAAGCUAGUCAUGGCGCUGUCAACCUGAACGCUGUGCAAGAAGAACAAGUGAAUGGGACUGUGGGGUUGGUGUUGGCAGGGGUCGUCAUGAUGGCCAUGGUCGCGGUCGUGGUGGUGAAACGACGUCACCAACGACAGCUUCCGUCGGAAGAACGCAAGCGCCUCUUGCACGUGUAAACAUAUGAGGAUGAUGGGGAGCGUGUAGUAGUAGUAGUACUAGUAGUAGUAGUCGGUUGAAGGCUAGUACUACUCGAAGGAUUCAGUUUUUGUUCUCAAUUCCUACUACAGAAUAUAUAAAUGCAUAAAUAUACAGUACUAUUUGUACAAUGUGA